CUUUGGAAAAACGAUGUGUGUCUUACGCUCUUCUUAUUGUGAUUAUGACGUCAUUAAUUAUCGUCGCCUUGACAACCGCUUUCAGUCGCAUUCUUUAUAGAUACAGGUGGUAUUAAGAUAUAUGUAUUAUGUUGCGAGGGAAAAGUACAAAGACGACGAACUACGUAACCGGAAAUAUCAUGGAAAAGAAUAUCACUUUGAUGCCUUUGUGUCGUAUGCUGAAAGUGACCGACAGUUCGUUAUUUCUCUAGUGAAGUUCCUCGAAGAUCAAACCAAUUUGAGGCUGUGUAUACACCAUCGUGAUUUCAUCCCAGGGACAGGGAUUGAAGAUAAUAUCACAAACGCCAUUCAUAACAGUAGACAAACUGUUUGUAUUAUGACGUCACAGUUUUUAGAAUCAUAUUGGUGUAUGUUUGAAUUGAACAUGGCUCGAAUGGAAUCUAUAUAUUCCCGAAAUGGUGAAAAUGUUUUUUUUCUUGUGGCUCUAGAGGAAAGUGCAAUGAGAAAAUUGCCACUUUCUUUAAUGGACCUGAUAGAAUCAAAAUCAUAUUUAGAAUUCCCGGAGGGAGGGGACGAGGAGGAAGUAACAGCCUUCAGAUCUAACUUAAAGAGCCACUUAAGUCAUAGGACAAUGGUUUCAGACACUUAAAUGAGGCGAGGUUAAGAUGACGAACAGCAAUCGCUCCAAUAAUCUUUUCCAGACCUAUUGGUAGCACCUGUUCCAAAACAACAUACACUAUCAUAGUUAUGCUGGUGAUUCUCAAGCUUACCUUGUCUUUAAACCUAGGUACAUGUGGAAUAACACUGUUUUGAAACUUUUGAGAUAGUGAAUGUGCACCA